AUUUUCAAAAAAACUUAACAUCUUUCAAUCAUCAUUUUAGGGAAAACAAAAAUUUUGCAGACUCCAUCACUUGACCGGAGAAAACAAACAGCUGCGGCGAUUCCGAUCCUCCGUCGCCGGCGACCACCACCACAUCAACCGAACAACAUCAAGAUUAUAAACAUUUAGGGUUUCGAUUAUGGUUUACCUUCAAUACGGUAGAAAUAUUCUUCGCCGGAGUAAGGUUUUGAACACGGAAUGUGUGCUGCAUCAUCCGUUGUUUUAUGGUGGUCAAGGUGUUAGAUACAGAAAGUUGGAAGUUAUACUUACAACUAAUGUAGAUAAGUUGGGGAAAGCAGGUGAAACUGUUAAAGUGGCUCCUGGACAUUUUCGCAACCAUUUGAUGCCCAAAUUGCUUGCGGUUCCAAAUAUCGAUAAGUUCGCUUAUUUGAUAAGUGAACAGAGGAAGAUAUAUCAGCCGAAGGAAGUUGAAGAGGUUAAGGUAGUUCCAAAGACCGAGGAAGACACAAUGAAAGAAUACCAAAAAGCAGCAAGAAGACUUGAAAAUGCAAAGCUGGUUCUGAGAAGAUACAUAAAGAUAGAUACUGAAUUGCGUUCACCUGUGGACAAAGAUGAAAUUAUUUCUGAGGUGGCAAGACAGCUUGGCGUGCGUGUCGAGCCUGAAAACUUGCAGUUACCAUCUCCUUUGUCAAGUUUAGGCGAAUUUGAGGUGCCCCUUAGACUGCCUAAAUCCCUUCCUUUACCAGAGGGCAAAGUGCAGUGGACACUUGAUGUAAAAAUCCGCAAAAAAUAAACAAGCAUUUUUGGUACCUUGUAAUAUUUUAUCUAGGAUAACUGACUCCAUGAAGACACGUGGCACUCAGUUUAAGGUUAUUUAGGUUCACAAACUUGUUCUUAAUUGGCCUGGAGAUGUUUAUGGUUGGGAUUUCUAUAUGGGUUAUUUUUCCUUUUUUUUUUUUUUUUUUUUUUUUUAAUAACAAGUAAGAUGUCAAACUGAUGUUAUUUCCAAGGAUAAUUGAUAAUUCCAUUCAAGUAUGCCAGUUUUAA